AUGGGCUCGAACGGCAAGCUCAACAAGCUCGACAAGCUGGACAAGCACGAUGACCCGGAGCACGCCGACUUCUUCGGUCCACGACCGCCCGCUGGCUAUGCGGCGCUGAGGGCGGCGCCGUCGCAGAUCCUUCUGCCGCUCACGGUGUCCAACAAGUGCGGGCAGGCCUUCCGAUGGCGCGCCCAUAAAGUAUGGGUCCCCGCUGCGUCGGGCCCAAGCAGUGGUGGAUGGGACGAACAGAUCGAGUGGUCUCUGUGUCUGUCGGACCGAGUUGUGCUGCUGCGUCAAGACGAGCACCGCGGCUUCCUGUACCACAAGACGCUUCUCCCUGCCUCUUCUGCGCCAAACGACGAUGCGAAUGCGCAGACUGUCAGGGAGACGGAGCGGUGGCUGAAGGAUUAUUGUAAUCUCGAUGUGCCUCUGGAGGCGCUGUAUGCAGAGUGGGAGGCCAAGGAUGCGGUGUUUGCGCGGUUUGCCACGCGAUUCUCGGGCCUGCGCAUGCUGAGGCAGGAUCCGUGGGAGUGCAUGUGCGCCUUUGUGUGCAGCUCGAACAACAACAUCGCGCGCAUUGGACAGAUGGUGCAGAACCUUUGCACGCAUUUCUCGCCACCGCUGCUCGAGCAUGUUUAUGCGGCGCCACCAUCGACGCUGGGGGAAGACGUCGAGCAGGGAGAGGUGCGGAUCGUGUAUCAUCCUUUUCCGUCGCCAGAGGCGCUGGCAAAGGCGGGGGUCGAGGAGAAGCUGCGCGAGCUCGGCUUUGGGUAUCGCGCAAAGUACCUCGCCAAGACGGCGCAGAUGUUGUGCGAGCAGCAUGGGCGGGGCACCACGACCAAAGCAGGCUUGGCAGAUCAUCUGGAUGAGUCGCACUGGCUGUAUGGCAUCAAGUCGGAAGAGGACAUCUCAACUCCCGCCACACCUGAUUCCGCCGGCGGAUCGAAAGAUUCGAAGGAGGUUGGAAGGGCUCUGAAGCGGGCGCGACGAUCAAGUGCACCAAACGCAUCGAACUCCUCCACCCCAUCAGCGGCGUCAGAGGGUGAAGAACAGAGGUUUGAAUCGGUGCGCUCGUAUCUACAGCACCUGCGUACACUAUCGUAUCAUUCGGCACGACAAGAGCUGAUCCAGUUUCCGGGGGUGGGACCUAAAGUGGCCGACUGUAUUCUGCUCAUGUCGCUCGACCAAGCCUCGAGCAUCCCCGUCGACAGACACGUUUUCCAAUUCGCCGAAAAGUGGUACCGCCUACGCACCAAGCGGUACGAGGAGAUUGCCGACUACUUCCGCGCGCUUUGGGGCGAGUAUGCCGGUUGGGCUCACAGCGUACUUUUCACCGCAGACCUUAGGUCGUUUGCAACGUACAACGCUGCGAAAAAGGAGGAGCAGAUCGAGGAUGCAGACAAGGCGUUUUGGGGCGAACCAACAGCGACGGAUGUUGGGGGCUAUCCUACGCCACCGUCGAGUCAGGUGAAGAAGGAGGAGGAAAAGUUGCAGGCAGUGCAUUCGCCUCCGCGUGUGGCGAUUCCGCAACUCGUGCCCCAGUCAAUGCAGACAGAGGGUGCUACACUGGCGGAACGCAUCAAGGCUCGAGCCAAACGCAAGAGUCGCUCCACCUAA